AUGGAUCGCCCUCAUGGCCCUACUGCGCAUGCUCGCCCCGUGACCCCAGCUUGAGGUGACGGCGGGAGCCAAGGCGGGGGCCCAAAAGCACUGAGGCUGAGGGACCCGCCACGGCUCCGUCGUCCGAGAGGGCAGGGCCUGCUGCCGUCGUGCUCGAGUCACAGAGGCCGCCACACUGGGCUUCUAGGUGAGUGCUGGUAUCCACACCCAGGACUCAUGCCUGCACAGCAAGACUUUGCUCACUGAGCCUCCGGGUCACUUCCCUUUGUCAACUUGUGUUCUGUCUGUACGUCUAAAACAAGAUCUUCCCGUGCUGUGGAUUGACCACUCAAAUGCCAGGACAGAGCCCCUGGACUCCCAGGUUCCUGGCCAGGGAGGUGGAGGAAAAGGAGAGACCUAUCUGCCAGGGGAGUGUGGCCUGAAGGCCAGGCUGCUGGUUCUGGGAUGCCCCAGCCCAAACCCAGUGAGCAAGAGGGUGAGAGCGUGAAGGGCGGCCAGGAGCCAACUCCCCAGCCUGGCAUGGAUGUGGUCCCAGCAGCCCCCAGGAAGCCCAGAAAGUGCUCCAAACUGGUCCUGCUGACAGCCUCCAAAGACAGCGCCAAAGUGGCUGGGGCCAAGCGCAAAGGAGUGCACUGCAUCAUGUCCCUGGGGGCACCAGGCCCUGCCACCCUGGCCAAGGCUCUCCUCAAGACUCAUCCCGAGGCUCAACGGGCCAUUGAAGCAGCUCCCCAGGAGCCUGAGCAGAAGCGUAGCAAGCUGGACCCGGAUGGCCCAGAAGACAGCGGAUGGUCUGGGGUGUCUUCUUCAAGUCCCGAGGAGACCACUGUGCUCCCCAAGACACCCGGCACUUCCCCAUAACCUUGGCAACUGCUGCGGCACGUGUUGCUCACUGCACCAGUUACUUUUAUAAGCAAGAAGGAAAAAGGGAAAAUAAAAGAAGCUGUAUGCUA